UCCGAUGGGUCUUUUACUACUACUCAUCCUUUGGCGGCUCCCUAAAUUCUCCAAAGCUUCCGAAACCCUAAUUGUAUUUCAAAAAAUAAAAACUCGGCGGUUUGGUUUCUGUAAAUAAUUAAAUAAAUCGAAUAAGGACUCUGGGAGUGAGGUCCGGAGGAGACGAUAGUAAUGGAGAAUUCGAAAGCGCAGGAGUUUGCUUUGGUCUCCAUCUCCGAGCUCGGUUCGUCUUCUCCUUCGUCGCCGGCCGUUGCUAGGUUUAGCGCCGCCGAGAAUGGUGUUGCGGAGCUUCGAUUUCAGCCGGAGUCUGAGUCGGCCGCUCCCGUCAAUGUCGAUCUUCAAGCUGCUAAGCUGUACAAGUUGGGCCCCUUGCAGUCUGCUUGCAUAUCUGAAGGUUCUGAUACCGGCAAAGAGAAAUUGUAUUCAAGGGGCCUCACAAUCCAAUUUAAAAAUGAGGAGGAGAGUGGAGCUUUCCAUCAUGCAUUUGAGCAAUGGAAGACAGAGCUUGUUGUUGAAGGAAAAUGUUUACCAAAUGGAGAGCUAACAUCUUCCAAAAGCAAGUUUGAUGACAAAAUAGAGCCAUCUUCUGCCAAAAUGUACUUCCAUUACUAUGGACAAUUGCUACAUCAACAAAACAUGUUACAAGAUUAUGUGAGGACAGGAACCUAUUAUGCAGCAGUGAUUGAAAACCGUGCAGAUUUCACUGGCCGUGUGGUAGUUGAUGUUGGUGCCGGUAGUGGUAUUCUGUCAUUAUUUGCUGCUCAGGCUGGUGCAAAGCAUGUUUAUGCUGUGGAAGCAUCUGAAAUGGCAGAAUAUGCACGCAAACUAAUUGCUGGGAACCCUUCACUGGGUCAAAGGAUAACUGUAAUCAAAGGUAAAGUUGAGGAGGUUGAAUUACCUGAGAAAGCAGAUAUACUUAUCUCGGAGCCAAUGGGCACAUUGUUAAUUAAUGAAAGAAUGCUGGAGACCUAUGUGAUUGCAAGAGAUCGGUUUCUUCAGCCAAAUGGAAAAAUGUUUCCUGGAGUUGGAAGGAUACACAUGGCACCUUUCAGUGAUGAAUAUUUGUUUGUUGACAUUGCAAAUAAGGCUCUCUUCUGGCAGCAACAAAAUUAUUAUGGUGUUGAUUUGACGCCCUUGUAUGGAUCUGCAUUCGAAGGAUAUUUUUCACAGCCUGUCGUUGAUGCUUUUGAUCCAAGAUUAUUAGUGGCUCCUUCUUUGUCUCACGUGAUAGACUUCAGUAAAAUAAAGGAAGAGGACUUGUAUGAGUUUGAUAUACCAUUACGGUUUGUAGCUUCUGUAGGCACUAGAGUGCAUGGGUUAGCAUGCUGGUUCGAUGUCUUGUUUGGUGGGAGCACUGUACAAAGGUGGCUUACCACUGCUCCUGGCUCACCAACAACCCAUUGGUACCAGUUACGCUGCGUUCUCUCGCAGCCAAUUUAUGUGAUGGCAGGACAAGAAAUAACUGGGCGACUCCACAUGAUUGCCCACAAUGCUCAAAGUUAUACAAUUUAUCUCACAUUAUCAGCUAAAAUGUGGGGCCCCGGUGCUGAACAAGGGGGUAUAAUUCAGUCAUCAUCAUGCAAACUUGAUCUUAAAGAGCCCUACUAUAGGAUGUCGCAGCCACAACCUUAUGUAAUGGCCCAAGAUCAACAACCACAUCAGCAAUUACACUCACAGGAUGUACCCAUUGACACUCAGGAUUUUGAAGAUCCCGACUUCAUUCCACAACCAUCACCAAGUUCAGGGCCUAAGAUUACACUGGCAGAAUUUGCCAAAUACAAAUCUAGUGGUCUUUGAAGAAACUUCUGAUAUGCCCAUGUGUUUGUAACAUAGAACUGCUUUACUCCUAUGUUCUAGGUUUUGAAGUCAAUCUGCUACUUUUCUGUUCAUUAGUGUCUUCCUACUUUCUUAGUUAGGGUUUGCCCCCUGUAAAUUAGUUAAUUAUUUGAGUGCCUGUAGCAGAUUUGUGCAAUGUUAUUGAUUUAACCAAGUCAUUAAUAAAACUUUCUGGCAAAAAUAUUUUAAAGUCAA